GAGUCUGACUCCUCCCAGCGACUCCUUCCCUUUCAAUUCCUUUGAUAAAUAGCUUCCCCUCUAAUGGCUUUUGCUCUGGAAACUGCACCUCCUAACUCCUGCCAGAGACAGUUCUCCCCAGCAUGAGCGCUGUCCUGCUCCCCUCGGCCAGGACAGCAGGUCUUCCUCUUAGCUUCUUGUUUCUGCUUUCCUUCUGGGUAGACCGAAGUGUGGUAGCCAAGGAGCUGAAGUUUGUGACAUUGGUAUUUAGGCAUGGAGACCGAAGUCCCAUCGAAACCUUUCCUAAUGACCCCAUCAAAGAAUCCUCAUGGCCACAAGGAUUUGGCCAACUCACUCAGCUGGGCAUGGAACAGCAUUAUGAACUUGGACGGUAUAUAAGGCAAAGAUAUAGAAAAUUUUUGAAUGAGUCCUACAAACGUGAACAGGUUUACAUUCAAAGCACGGACGUUGACCGGACUUUGAUGAGUGCUAUGACAAACCUUGCAGGCCUGUUUCCCCCAGAGGGUAUCAGCAUCUGGAAUCCCAGCCUACCAUGGCAGCCCAUCCCAGUGCACACAAUCUCUCUUUCUGAAGAUCGGUUGCUGUACCUGCCUUUCGGGGACUGCCCUCGGUUUAAAGAACUUAAGGAUGAGACUCUCAAAUCGGAGGAAUUCCAGAAGAGGCUGCAUCCUUAUAAGGAUUUUAUAGAAACCUUGCCAACAUUUACAGGAUACCAUACCCGGGACCUUUUUGGAAUGUGGACUAAAGUCUAUGACCCUUUAUUUUGUGAGAGUGUUCACAAUUUCACUUUACCCUCCUGGGCCACAGAGGACACCAUGACUAAGUUGAAAGAAUUAUCAGAAUUGUCCAUCCUGUCUAUCUAUGGAAUUCACAAGCAGAAAGAAAAAUCUAGACUGCAGGGGGGUGUCCUGGUCGGUGAAAUCCUCAAUCACCUGAAGAGUGCAACUCGGCCAUCAAACCACAGAAAACUUGUCAUGUAUUCUGCACAUGAUACUACCGUGGCUGGCUUGCAGAUGGCACUAGAUGUUUACAAUGGAAUCCUUCCUCCCUAUGCUUCCUGCCACAUAAUGGAAUUGUAUCUUGAGAAUGGGGAGUAUUUCAUAGAGAUGUACUAUCGGAAUGAGACGCAGCACGAACCAUAUCCCCUCACACUGCCAGGCUGCACUCCCAGCUGUCCUCUGACCAAGUUUGCUGAGCUGGUUGCCCCUGUGAUCCCCCAAGAUUGGUCCACGGAGUGUAUGACCACAAGCAACAACCAAGCCCUGGAAAAUCCAUGUUACUUUUGAAGAAACCAAAAGCAAAUUUGCCAGAAAACUUUGCUGUAUAUAAUAUAUAUGGCAGCUCUUGGAGAGCAGACAUCCUGGCAUAUAAGUAAUUUGGUGAGAGCACAAUAUUUAGGCACAACCAUCAGAGAUGAGUACCCUGCAUGAGUGGUUUCUCUUGGAAGAUGGUAAGACAUGUUGAAUGUGGAGUUGAUUUGGGAGAGGAAGUAUGAUACAUAUCAAACUGGAACAAAAUUAGAAAUGUAAGAGCGUUCCUGAAUGCCUUCAAGAUCAAAACUUACCGGAAUGUUGAAAAGUAUGGCUGUGAUAGCUGUUCUGAGGACGAAAGGAACGUGUAAGGUUUUGAUCCUGAUUAUCUUCAGAAAACCUAAGCAAACUCCUGGCCCUGCUGAAACUACUCACUAUGCAAGAAGAAAUCAUAUUCAAAUGGCACUCUUUAGAGUCUUACAGAUUUGCCAUGUGGCAGAUGUAACACGCCUAGAGAACACUGUGCUACGUUACCAUUGUAGAAAAAGAUGAAAUGUUUUCUAGAGAUGGUUUCCGCUGGGUGCCAGAGUCCAGAGGAAAAACCAUUCCCUCUCCCAGUGAGUCAUUGAACGACUGACUUGAGACACUGAUUCAUAUAUUUAUUUGCAUUAUUUUUUCCCAAGGCAAUAUUUGUCCUCAGGGCUGCUCUCUGAUUACUCUUCUCCCCCAUGCAUGUAACUUUCCUCCACAAUAAGACAAAUGUAAACUAGUGAAUAAAGUCAUUAGUAGGGAGUUCAAAAACAUUACUUUUAAAAUUAUUUUUGAAAAGUGUGUGUGUGUUUAAUUAGAAUAAAAUACGUGAAGGGCAGAUUUUAGGGGCUACAUUUUUGUUUGGGGAUUUUAUUUUUAAUGUAACAGGAGGGAAAAUAUUAAUGUAAAGUAAAAAUGGAUCUUGACUGGCUUAGGUGAAUAUUUUACAUUGAAAAUGAGUUUAGUUCGGUCUUUACUACUUCAGAAAAAGGUUAAGCUGAUGGAUGGCUCUGCUUUAUCUAUUAAGAUGGAACUUGCAAGAAAACACCCUUGGGAAAUUUACAACCCAGUGGGAAAGCAAAAAGAUACAUAUUACACAGAAUAACAAGGGUUAUAUCUUACCACCACAAGGGUUGCUAUGGAACAAGAGUUAACUGGAUUCAGAGGGUGGGAGGCAGUAAGGAAUGUCAGGAAGGGCUACCUGUAAGAGGUAACAAUUGCACCAUGUGAAGUCAGUUUGGAUGGAAGUUUCUAAUGGUACAGCACAAGGUACUACAAAGCCAUUUAUCAAAUCUCUCAGUGGCUUGAAGCUGGAAAGGGUAGAGGACUUACUCAGCAGAAGGUUCUGGGUCCAAUGAGAUUCCCACAGGUUUCCUUCAAGGGUCCAAUUCUAAUAAGAUCAAAUAUCAACGACACAAGAGCAAGGGUUUUUAUCUGUUGUGUUCUCUCUUAUAUCUGUCUCAGAAAUACCUGUGCCUGACAUGAAUUAGUGCUCACUAAAUAUUUGCCCAAUGGAUGUAUAGAUCACUUACCUUUCCUCCUUGAACAUACCGUCUCUAUCUUGAUCAGCAGUGAUACCUGCUAACCUGGGGGGUAUUUUUGAGCCCAUCCUUUCCUUUAUCCUCCAUAGCCAAUAUGUCACCUCCUCUUCACAAAUCUUCCUGUAGAGUAUUUAUAAAAUUCUUUUCCUCAAGACACCAGUAUCAAUUCGGUAUUCAAAUGGAGUGAAACCAAUUAGCAAAAUAUGUUAAUAAAACAAAAACUGAAGCAUCGGUGUGCUGGAGCCAACACAUACCAACCUCGAGAGUGGAAUGUGCACAGCCCUUCCCAACUCUGAAUUCAAUCACUUGACUUUGGCAGCAUGAAAAUGGUCAUGGUGUCAUGGCUGGAGUGUCUUCAUCACAGAAAUCACCAUAUGCCACAAACCAGGGCUUUGUCUUUUGUGGUUUUGAUCCAGUUUACUAGCACACCACUGGAUUGAGCUCAUAGAAAACUUCAGAGUUUAUAACAUGAGGCGGUCUCCAACAAAGCAAAUUCAAUAUCUGAAGUUCUUUAAGGAAAAGGGAUUUGAUUUGUUCUAUAUGGUCUCAAAGAGUGCUGCUUGGGGUAUCAGGUAAAAAUUUCAGGAAGACAGACUGUUUUCAGUGUUGGGAAAUUCCUGGGACAGGAAAUCCUAUUUGCCUUGCCAGAGACACCAUGAAGCAUGCCAGAGCAUGGAAGCGUAUAGGCAUUGAAUGAUUCCUUAGUAGGGCACAAAAUUUAGCAAAUAGGAUGCCCAAAUCAAUUUGAAUAAUAGCUUUAACUACUGCAUUUUUAUAAUUUACUCAGAAAAAAAUGGCUACAGAACAUUUAGGGUGUCCUGAGAAAGCCAAUACAGGAAGCAGGACAAACCAUUAAAUACAGGACACAUCGUGUAUGUGCAGAAUGCCUGGCUACUCUGCCACCCAUGAAAUCCUACCCAUACCUGUAAGCAGUAUUAUUCACUAGCGUUAGUAGACCCAAUUAAUAUCACUGUCAUAUCAAUUAAAGUAAGCAGACUCUUUGCUGGGGAAUUCAUGAUAAGUCUAAGUUCCAUACUAUGUUACUUGAAAAUAAAAUCCCUUUUUAGAAAAUGCUUUCUUAAUUCCAAAAUUUUACUAACACAGUCAGACUUUCAUUGCUAGCACUCUCCCACCCCUCUCCCUCAAUCUCCAGCACCACAUACUUAGUGGGAAGGAGAAUUAAUGGUGGGAAGUUCAAGUUUCUCCUUAUAAAAAGCUUUGUAAAUCUUCAGCAAAUAUACACAUGCCCAAGAUUCAACCAUGAGCUUCCUAAAGGCAAGAUCAUUACCCUUUCCCUCCUUAAAUCUUCAGACAAUGCCUAGAACCUGGUACCUUCAGUCAGUAUUUGCUAAUUGAAUAAAUGUUCAGCCCUUCACACUUAGCCUGGCUUCUUCAUGGCUGGACCCAUUUAUCAGGAGCUUAGAACUCACUUGUUCAAUAAAUAGGGGAGAGAAGCUAUGAAUGAGCCUCAAAUGGGAGUGUACUAUAAAGACCCAGUCACCAACUACAUACAUAUAUGUAUAUACCAAUAUGUCUGUAUUAUUUGGCCUGUUUUCAGCAUUGUCAGCUUGGCAUUCUUUUGUUCUCCUCUUGCUUUUUGGAGCCACUGUUCAUUGAUACCUCUUCCAGCACCCCUCCUCCCUCAGAGAUGAAGCCAGUUAUAGCACCUGUUUCUCAUUCUUGUUGCUACUAUCAUCAGUUUCCCAGGACAUGUGUCAUCAUUCAUUAAUGGCAUUGGGAACUUGCUCUGGUAUAUAUGCCAGCUCACUCCUCACUCCCCCUCCUGUCCUCAGCCUAGGCGAUUCUGACAUAAUAGUGGCCCAUCCUAUACCCUGCCCACCCACAAUAAUAUCCAACCCUUGGUUAAACCAACCACACAGUGUUGGCAUUCUGAUCUGCUAAGUUGGAACAGAAGCCUAUUGUUACCAUUUCAAAUUAUGAAUAUUGAAAUUUCUACUUCAACCCCAGCUGGUUCUUUCAACGCUGUUUGGCCAAAGUAUUCACCCUUCCUGGACCCUUUUCCUGAGUUCUACAGGAAGGCCUUGUUAUUUUCCCCAA